UGAUCCUUCACGUCCCUUCUUGAGACUCUUUCCUAAAACAUGGCGGUUACUGGCCUUGGGAAAGUGCGGAACAAGCGCAAGCAGGAGGAGGUUGAAGAGGUGGAAAAAGGUCCUUUUGCUGGGGCAGUGGAUUUGGAGAUGCACAGCGAAGACGAAGCAGAGGACGAGGACCGAGAGGGGGACGAUGCGUCGGACGAUGGAGACGUAGACGAAUUCCCAGAAAUCGAUGCUGCCAGUGACAGCGACGAAGAAAGCGACGAAGAGGGAGAAGAAGAAGACGCAGAUGACCUUGACGAAGAAGACACCUUGGAUGAAAACUCUGACGCCGACUCAGACUUGCAUAUAUUUCCAAAAUCUAAAAAGGUGGUUUCUAACAUCACUGGACAGACAAAAGUUGUAUACCCAGAGAUUGAACCUGACUAUGAUUCGGACUCCUCGACAGAAGAUGAUCCUAACCGUGUUGGAAACAUACCAAUGCACUGGUACGAUGACCUACCCCACUUGGGCUACAAUAUCAACGGCAAAAGAGUGUUGCGUCCAGCUAAAGGCGACGAACUCGAUAGAUUCCUUCAAACAGUAGAAGAUCCCAAUUCAUGGACAACUGCUUUUGACAAAAAUACCCAAAUGGACAAACCAUUAUCCGCUGAAGAAUUAGACAUCAUUCGCAGAUUGCAGGCUGGGGAAAAUCCUGAUGCCGAAUACGACCCAUAUGAACCCACCAUUGAGUGGUUCACUGGUAAAGGCAAAGAAGAAGUCAUGCCUCUCUCAUCGGCCCCAGAACCAAAGCGCAGAUGGCUUCCAAGUAAAUGGGAGAAGCAAAAGAUCAUGAAGAUUGUUCGUGCUAUCCGCCAGGGUCGAAUCGUGGGAUCCAAGCCUACUGCAGCGGAUAAAAAGCAGCAAUUCUAUGCUAUAUGGAACGAGCCACCGUCUAAUCAGCCGCCCCCGUUACCAGCACCCAAACCAAAGCUUCCUACGAAUUCAGAAUCCUACAAUCCCCCCGAAGAAUACUUACCAACUGAAGAGGAGCGGAAACAGUGGGAGAAUACCGACUUUGAAGACCGCGAACGAGACUACCUUCCUCACAAGUAUCCGGCGCUUCGUUUGGUUCCCGCAUACGACCAGUUCAUCAAACAACGUUUCAAUCGCCAGCUUGAUCUCUAUCUUGCACCACGGAUACAGAGGGUGAAGCUUAAUGUCGACCCAAACAGCCUACUGCCAAAACUACCAAGCCCGAAUAGCUUACGGCCGUUCCCCAACUACAAAUCACUGCAAUUCGUGCAUACCAAAGCACGAGUCAGGUGUCUAAGCAUAAGUCCUGAUGGCGCGUGGGUGGCUAGUGGUGACGAGAGCGGAGUGAUCAGCCUCUGGGAGGUUAACGUGGGGCGAGAGGUCAAGCGUUGGAACCUGGGCAGCAAAGUUGGCGCCAUUGAAUGGUGCCCAAGACUUGACGCUUGUUUCCUCGUCGCCGGGACGGAGGAACGACUACAUUUUUUCAUACCGCCAAAUAUUUCUCCUGCCAUGUUGACCACGACACAGUCAAUUCUGGCACCUGCCACUCUCCCCCCUACUACUCAGUCAUCAAUUAAAUGGAUAUCGACAUCCGGAGCUGCUGAAGACGGCCCCAUUUUGACCAUUGAACUUCCAAGCGCAUCUGGACUGUCAAGACAGUUGACUUGGCAUAGAAAGGGAGAUUAUCUAGCUUCAGUCUCCAGCAGCGAGACUCAAGGUAGUGUUUGGAUGCAUCAGAUCUCACGCCGGCAUUCGCAGGCGCCGUUCAAAAAAAUCAAGGGUGCUGUUCAGAUGGUGUUAUUCCAUCCUACGAAGCCCCACUUCUUCGUUGCGACCCAACGUUAUGUCAGACUGUAUAAUCUGGCUGAGCAGAAGCUGCUGAAAACUCUCAUGCCUGGCAUCAAAUGGAUAUCGUCGAUGGACGUACAUCCGUCCGGCGACCAUAUCAUUGUCGGCGGCUACGACCGAAAGUUGUGCUGGUUCGAUCUAGAACUAAGCGAAAAACCGUACAAAGUUAUUCGCUAUCACUCCAGAGCCAUUCGAUCACUGCAUUUCCACCCAACCUACCCUCUGUUUGCGUCUUCAUCUGACGACGGCUCGAUCCAAAUUUUCCACGCAAGGGUCUACAGUGAUCUUAUGACGGAUCCGCUCAUUGUACCCCUCAAGAUAUUGCGCGGCCAUGAUGUCCAGGAGGGACUUGGUGUGCUCCAAAUUAAGUGGGUCAACAAGCAACCAUGGUUGGUUAGCGCAGGGGCGGAUGGCAAUGUCUCGCUAUGGUGUAGUUGAAGAUCAGUCCUUUGUCUGAGUUUGGACCAUGAAAUAAUCCUUUUGUUGAGUUUGAAUCUUCGAA